UACAACACCGGACCCCAACGUAGUGGAUCAUGGGGAACCCUGAGGGAGAGAUCGACAGUUUCUCAGAAAAUGAUUCAAGAGUUUCAACAUCAGGAGACAGGAGCUGCCAACCUCGCCGAAUAUUCGUUGACCAUGGUGCUGAAAUUGCAUGCGACAGAACAGCAGAUAUUCCAGACAUGAGUAAAAGCCAGGAUGAACUUCCUCCUGAACUUGAAAGCCAGUUUAUACUGCGUCUGCCUCCGGAACAUGCUUCUACUGUCAGGAACAUAAUACAUUCUGGAAGUGUCAACAUGAACGAUAAAAUUAAAAUUGACUUAUCUUCUGAUAGACGCCAUGCAGUCAUUAAGGUAGAAGAUGUCUCACUAUCUGCUAAGCUGGUUGAUUUACCUUGUGUUAUUGAAAGCCUGAAGACUUUUGAUAAAAAAAAGUUUUAUAAAACAGCAGAUAUUUCCCAGAUGCUUGUGUGCAGUGCUGAUGGUGACCUCCCAUCUUCUCAAGAAGAAUCAGUUACCUCUACUGAUCUUAGUGUAACCAGGAAUAAGGAAAGAGAGACAGAGAAAAAAUAUAUCUGGAAGCAUGGAAUUACUCCACCACUUAAGAAUGUCAGAAAGAAAAGGCUCCAGAAAACUCAAAAAAAGUACAUUGAAUCUCGAGAUGUGGAAAAGGAAGUGAAGACAUUGCUGUGUUUGGAUGCUGAAGCUGUCAGUGGCCGAUGGGAAGUCAUUGCUGAUGAAGAAACCAAGGAAAUAGAAAGUCAAGGCUUCAUCCCAAGCUUUCCAGCAUUUCCAGCAACCAGUGGUUAUAAGCAAAGUGAUACCUCAUCAGAGCAUGAUGUGGUUCAAGAGAUAUUCAGUGAUUCUAGUAGUAGCAAUCAUGACAAUGAGGAUGAGAAUGAAGAGCAGGAGGAUGAUGAUGACGAUGAUGAGGAAGAGGAGGAGGAGGAGGAAGAAGAUGAUUUUGAAGAGGUUCUAGAAAGGGAGCUACAGGCCAAGAUUAUUGAAUAUGGCCAGCAUGAGACGAAGGAAGGUGCCAGUUCAAUAGUUAUGGAAAUUCAGAAACAUAUUCAUUACAAGGAGAAAAAGCUCCAACAGAUUCAAAACAAAGCACAGAGACAGAAGAAUAUAAUCAGAAAAGUGGAAAACCUGAUCCUCAAGAAUCAUUUAAAGUCUGUGCUGGAGAAUCUUGCAGUACAAGAAAAGCAAAAAAAUGAUCAGAUCACUUCCCUACAGGAACAGCUGAACCAUUUUCUGCAGAAAUGAAGAGAGCUUUCAGCCUGGCACAUAAACUGGAUUCACCAUCCAGACUGAAGACUAGAUAAAAUUGUGCAUGUUUUUGUCCCUUCAGUUGCCUCAAUUGUAUUUGUUUCUCUGAAACUUUUUCUAUAGAUAAAAUGUUCAAAGCUCAUACUCAAAUAAAAAUAGUACUUAAAAAUUAGAUUUAAAGUACCCCCCCCUCAACAAUGGAACUUUGCUUCUGUCAAUUUUAGAAUUACAUAUAUUGCUUUUGUGCUAUGGUGCCAUCAGGUGAUUCAGCCAUGCUUGCCAAAGGCAGAUAUUCUAGCCUAGAAGGCCAUGUAACUGAUUUGCAUGUAUGUUAGCUUUUCCAAACUCUUCUGAUUGUUUUAAGUAUUUUCUACAACAUAGAAAAAAAUCGGUUCAUUUCUGUCAUGAGCUAGGACCUGCCACAGUGAAUUUAAGUGCCUACCUUGGAGCAGUUAAUAAUAGUUUAUAUCCUGUCUUUGUUCAGGUAAUAGAGCUGCUUUCUUGCUCAGGGAUGAUUUCUUGCUACUGUUUGUCUUUGCUAAGUUGUCAUGUAUUUAGGACUGUGGCUGGUUGUUAUUCAUGAAGUAAGGGAACAGUUAGAAGAGAGCUGAAAAUUUCCAAGCUGUUGUCCUUAUUCUGAGCCUCUUCAUCCUAAUCCCCAUCAGAAAAAGUUUAGGAAAAACCAGAUACCUAUAAUUCCUAUGCAGAUUUCCGUAACAACCCUGGAUUGUUUUUUUAGUUAUAUUGUAGUUUUCUAGUCUGCAUUCCU